AUGGCGAGCCUCCUACGAGUUGUGGCAGCUAGCUGCUCGGCCCCUGUGUUCAGCGGGGUUUCAUGUGUGAAGCUGCGGAGCGGCCAUGCUGUCAAAUCGUCAUACCUUCGCUUUUUUAGGACCCAUCAAGCUCUCGGGCGAUGUGCCAGUCCAGGUAUUCCAUAUAAACAAUUGACAGUUGGCAUACCCAAAGAAAUUUUCCAGAGUGAACGUCGUGUGGCGCUUUCUCCCGCUGGUGUCCAGGCGCUCGUCAAACAGGGCUUCAAUGUUGUCGUGGAGUCUGGAGCUGGCGAGCCAUCCAAGUUCCAUGAUGAACAGUACACCCAAGCUGGAGCAACAAUUAAAAACAUUAAAGAUGUCUUGGCAUCUGAUUUGGUGGUUAAGGUCCGCGCUCCCAUUUUUAACCCUGAUUUGGGUGUCCAUGAGGUGGAGAUGAUGAAGGACGCGGCUACUUUAAUCAGCUUCAUCUACCCAGCCCAGAACCCCGAGCUGAUGGACAUGCUUUCCCAGAAGAAGGCCACCGUCCUGGCUAUGGACCAAGUGCCCCGAGUCACCAUCGCCCAGGGUUAUGAUGCACUGAGCUCAAUGGCAAACAUUGCAGGGUACAAAGCAGUUGUGCUGGCAGCUAACAGCUUUGGUCGCUUUUUCACUGGACAAAUCACAGCAGCUGGGAAAGUGCCACCAGCAAAGGUUCUGAUCAUUGGAGGUGGCGUGGCUGGGUUGGCAGCAGCUGGUACUGCCAGGGCAAUGGGAGCCAUUGUCAGAGGAUUUGAUACCAGAGCUGCAGCUUUGGAGCAGUUUAAAUCUUUGGGCGCAGAGCCGCUGGAGGUGGAUUUCAAGGAGUCAGGAGAGGGUCAAGGAGGCUAUGCCAAGGAAAUGUCAAAGGAGUUCAUAGAGGCAGAGAUGAAGCUGUUUGCCAAACAAUGUCAGGAGGUGGACAUUGUCAUCAGCACUGCUCUUAUCCCUGGUAGACGGGCGCCCAUCCUGAUCACCAAACCAAUGGUAGAGAGCAUGAAAGAUGGGUCUGUGGUGGUGGACUUGGCUGCCGAGGCUGGAGGAAACAUUGAGACCACAGUGCCUGGAGAGCUGUCAGUAUACAAGGGAGUGACCCAUAUUGGGUACACAGACCUUCCCAGCCGUUUGCCGACACAGUCCAGUACACUGUACUCAAACAACAUCACUAAGUUGUUGCGGGCCGUCAGCCCCGACAAGGAGAACUUUUACCUCGACGUCAAGGAAGUGUUUGACUACGGGACCAUGGACCACGUUGUCAGAGGAUCUGUUGUCAUGCAGAAUGGAAAGAACCUGUUCCCUGCUCCUCAGCCUAACAAUUUGCCCUCUGCAGCGCCUCCUAAACCCAAGUCUGUCCAGGAAUUACAGAAGGAGAAGGCUUCCCAAAUAUCCCCCUUCAGGGCUACACUUACCACUGCUGGCUCAUACACUGGAGGUGCUGCUGUCCUGCUGGGUCUGGGUCUGGCAGCUCCUAACGCCGCCUUCACGCAGAUCGUCACCACCUUUGGACUGGCUGGCAUUGUGGGAUACCACACCGUGUGGGGAGUCACUCCUGCUCUGCACUCUCCCCUCAUGUCUGUCACCAAUGCUAUCUCGGGUCUGACUGCUGUGGGUGGUCUGUCCCUGAUGGGAGGUGGCUACACCCCAACAACUACUGCUGAGACACUUGCUCUGCUGGCUGCCUUCAUCUCCUCUGUCAACAUUGCUGGUGGUUUCCUGGUGACUAAGAAGAUGUUGGACAUGUUCAAGCGCCCCACUGAUCCUCCAGAGCAUAACUACCUUUAUCUGCUUCCUGGUGGUGUCUUUGUUGGAGGCUACGCUGCUGCUCUUCAGUCUGGAUACAACAUUGAACAGAUGAUGUACUUGGGCUCAGGUCUGUGCUGUGUCGGUGCCCUGGCUGGCCUUUCCAACCAGACCACAGCCCGUCUGGGUAAUGCUUUGGGUAUGAUGGGAGUCAUGGGGGGGGUCGCUGCCACUCUGGGAGCUCUCAAACCGAGUCCUGAGCUCCUGGCACAGAUGAGCGCAGCCAUGGCUGUUGGCGGCACCGCUGGCCUGGCCAUUGCUAAGAGGAUCCAGAUCACAGACUUGCCCCAGCUGGUGGCUGCCUUCCACAGCUUGGUGGGGCUUGCCGCAGUGCUUACCUGUGUGGCCGAAUACAUGAUCGAGUACCCCCACUUCGCCACAGACCCUGCAGCCAACCUCACCAAGGUUGUAGCGUACAUCGGUACCUACAUUGGUGGAAUCACUUUCAGUGGCUCUUUGGUGGCAUAUGGCAAACUACAAGGUGUUCUGGACAGUGCUCCCCUGAUGCUCCCUGGUCGUCAUGCUCUCAACGCAAGCCUCAUGGCGGCCAGUGUUGGUGCGAUGAUUCCCUUCAUGCUGGAUCCCAGUUACACCACAGGCCUUACCUGUCUCGGAUCAGUCUCUGCUCUCUCUGCUGUCAUGGGUGUCACCUUGACAGCAGCUAUUGGAGGCGCUGACAUGCCGGUGGUAAUCACCGUACUGAACAGUUACUCAGGCUGGGCCCUGUGUGCCGAGGGCUUCCUGCUCAACAACAACCUUCUGACCAUCGUCGGAGCGCUCAUUGGAUCGUCUGGAGCCAUUCUGUCAUAUAUUAUGUGUGUGGCCAUGAAUCGUUCACUGGCUAAUGUGAUCCUGGGAGGCUACGGCACGUCUUCCACCGGUGGAGGAAAGCCCAUGGAGAUCACAGGGACACACACAGAGGUCAACGUGGAUCAGACCGUCGACAUGAUUAAAGACGCCCAGAGCAUAAUCAUCACUCCAGGUUAUGGACUCUGUGCUGCGAAGGCCCAGUACCCCAUCGCUGAGCUGGUGAAGCUACUUAGAGAUGCAGGCAAGAAUGUCAGGUUUGGUAUUCACCCUGUGGCUGGCCGUAUGCCCGGUCAGCUCAAUGUGCUGUUGGCUGAAGCUGGUGUCCCAUAUGAUAUUGUCCUGGAGAUGGAGGAGCUUAAUGAAGACUUCCCUGAAACGGACCUGACCCUGGUGAUCGGUGCCAAUGACACAGUGAACUCAGCCGCCCAGGAAGAUCCCAACUCUAUCAUUGCCGGUAUGCCUGUGCUGGAGGUCUGGAAGUCGAAGCAGGUGAUUGUGAUGAAACGUUCCCUGGGCGUGGGCUACGCCGCUGUUGACAACCCCAUCUUCUACAAGCCCAACACUGCGAUGUUGCUAGGAGACGCCAAGAAGACUUGCGAUGCUCUGCUGGCCAAGGCCCGCGAGUCCCAGAGCCAGUAAGGUUACUCUGGGACUAGUGUGGCACACAUGGAGCUAGUGUAGUACACAUGGCGCGAGGAUGUUUUCCCCCCCAAAAGUCUCAGUAUUAAGAUCUUCUUUGUCCCAUUGUGACUCAGCCAGUUGAGCAAAGAUGAUCUCUAAGAUACAAUGUUUAUGACACACCCUUCCUAUCAUUGAUAGAUUUAAAAAAAAAAAAGGCAACAUUUGUUGUAAAAAAACAAAAAAAUGCUUGUGCAGUAAAGCCAAGUAAUGCAGAUACUGUAGUUUUACUCCCAGUUUUCUCUUUGACACGUUUAUUGUGUUUAUUAGUGAAGGAAGGGUACGUCAAGCACAUGCACAUGGUCUGUAAUCUGCAGAGCAACUGACAGAUCUUCAUGUUAGACACCUAUAUUAAUGUAAUACAAUCAGAAAUGUAGAUGCAGUAAGAUGUUAGAUUUGUUAAAUUUCACUGUUAAGAUGUUUUAGGAAAUAGUAAGUUGUUGAAAGAAAAUUGAAGACGAAUUGGAAUUAAAAAGGAGCUACGGCAGAGAUAUAAACAUGAGCCGCCAGAGAAAGAGGUCUGAGAGACUUAUGUUACAGCACUAAUGUUUUCCCACGCUGUAAAAACAGUCCCCCCCACCCCCUCUCCAGACUUAUUAUAGUAAGGUCAUUUGAUGUUCUCUUUGAAAGAUCUGUUUUGCUCUAAUGUCCCACCUUCUUUUUCUGUACAAGUAAAAAAAGCUGAAUAGUGCAACAUUUUUGUAAAGUUCUUUCAGUUCCAGUUUUAUACUGUAUUGAGAGAUUUUUGUAUUCGGUUUAAUAAUUAUCAUUAACCUAGAAAAUGAUCCUGUUUUAAAGCCAUAACCAGUUAUCCAAAAUCUAGUCAUGCUACUUGCUUUUUUUCUUUUCACUUGAGUGUGUCUUGUGACCUCCACCCAUGCCCAGAUAUCACACAUGGAUCCAAAAACUGUCAGAAAUCCACUCAAACCUCGUCUAUCGAGCAUUUAAUGCAAUAAAACAGAAUGGAUCUGACCUUUAAGUGUAAGACCACAGCUACCCUGUAAUGCUAGUAAAGACUGUGCUACUCCUACAAACAGCUCUGAUAGCUCAAUGUAUUUUAUGUUUUUGAACCAGGCGUGUCCCAUCAUCCUGUGUGGUUCUGAUGUUAUAGUAUAUGUCUGGCCUUUGGCUUUUACGCUAAAGAAGUUUUUUUAAUUUUUUUUGGCUCAUCCACUCCAAUAUGUGUGUCCUUGUUAUGGCUUCAGAAGGAAAUGUAAAGUAGGGCCAUAUGUAAACCUGACUGUUGUGUAAAGACAACAAUGAAGUUAAUUGAUUUGAUUUGUUGCCGCAUUUCAGAAUACGUGAAUUAUUCAACAUUAUUAUUAAUUGUGCAUUUCUAAAUUCAAAUGUUCCCUUUUCAUUUCUUUUAAACUUGUGCCAAAACAUCCCCUUUUGUACUCAAUCUGGAUAGAAUCCAUGGCACAAAUGUAGAUUGAUUGGUUGUUGUCUAACCACUUGAGUAAUUCUUGAAAAGAUCCCUGACAUAAUGACAGUAGCUCCCACGCUACAUCUGUCUUCACACAGCUGAGCUAACUGAACUAAAAACACCAAAUACCUUGUCCACCAAGUUUGAAUUUUUGACCAAGGUUGGUUUGCUGCCAUCCUAUUAUUACUUUACUUUCUCUGUGUUUUAUGGCCAUGAUACAGUAAAAGAAUCAGUACGUUUCCUUUGUACAAGGUUUGAGGAACAACAGGUCAUGAAUUGACAGGACAACUAAGUUAGUACUGUAAGAAGUAAGUUAUUAUGUUAACCCUGGGGCCGUAUACAUUGACCAUGACAACUAUCCUACCUCUCCAUAAAAUGACCAAUAACUUUGCAUAGGACCUUCACCUGACCAAUCAUCAAUGACUGAAUCUACUACGGGCCAGUCAUUUACCAUACACACACUUGCAUACCCUAAAUCUGCACAAUUGCCUUCUGUUUUGUGUUCAUUGUUUUUUAACCAUCAGACCUCAGUUUGCUGCUGACUAGUUUACUGUAUGUUAUGCAAGUGAAGAGCUGCAGAUGUCAUUAGUGCUCAUGAGGCUUAUUGUUCUUACAUGUCAGUUUACACAAGCAAACGCAAUCUUUAAGGACUAUUACAUUGAGAUGUCUGCUUAAUAUUUGGAGCCUGUUGCCAUUUUUUGUACUUUAUAGGUAUUGAUCAAAUUAGGGGAGAUGGAAAAAUCUUAAGAAAUUUACCAUGGCCAAAAGCAAACCAGUCCCCCCCCCCCCCCCCCUCCAUUUCCUUACCCUUUUUGCUUAAGGAAAGUAUUUUUUUAAAGAGGCUAUUUGUGCAGAGCAACAAUGGGGUUUUGAAGUUGUACAAUGUUUCAAUGCACCACAUAGGGAGUUAAAAUGAUGAAAUGUACUGUGAAUGUUUUUCUCCUCAUGUUUAUCAUGGAACAUUUUCAUCCCUAAUAAACCUGUAUUUACACUAGA